AUGUCGAGCCUUGACGUCCCGAUGGAGAACACCGAAAGCGGCCUAAAAAGCCCACCGCAGUUGAAUCCCGACGUGGUGGCCGCGUUCAUGAACAAUUUCAUCUACACUUUCUUGUCAGAAAAAGGUGUAAUCAGCAAACUGCAGGCCGGUGAGGAAGUUUUGGUCGUCGCCUAUCCGCGCGAUUUUGCGAAGUUUGCUACUCCGAAAGAACUUCAAAAGAACAAGGUCAUCGUUUUCGUAGGGUUAUGCGUAGCAAUACCCUUUGUCUACCCAAGGGAAAUCGUCAUAGAUGUUGCGGAUAGUAUAGCGGCAGCUGCGGUGAAUGCCUGGAUAGAUGAGUUUGGGGAAAAGGACUUGGAUUCUCCUCCAGUUUUGUCAGAUGAGCUCAUGCAGCAGCUCAAGCUUACGUUUUUCGAGACAGAAUACCACGGCAAUGCGCACGUAAAUUUUGCCGACUACCUCUGGCGCUGCUGGAAAGUGUAUGACUCGGAGAUCUUCAGGGCCCUGUACGUGACGGUCGUUCAAAGCUCGGGCUUCGGGAAGAGUCGAAUGCUGUUCGAGUUGGCGCGCAGGGCAAAAGCUCCGAGCUCUCAGAUGAAAGUCCUGUAUACCUGCGCUCGCUUACACGAAUCGACGGGAUAUCCAGAGGCGACAACAAAUCUCCGCAACUGGUUGAUCCCAGAGUCUUCUACCGUCGAGCAGAUUACUUCUCGUUUGGAAGCCAUCUACAACUAUGCGGCAAACAAUUGGGAAGAAGUUCAAGGUGAGUGGAUCAAGUUGUUCAACGAGAAGAAAAGUGACGUGAUUGUUCGGAGGAAGCUGGACCAGCAAGCAGAAAACGAUAAGAAGGUCAGAAAGGCGGGCAAGAUAGUCCGCGGUUCAGUAAAGAAGAAUCAGGACGGCAAGAUGGUGGUGUUGGUGGUUGACGAAGCAAGGUCCCUACUUAAUGAGAAGGCGGACCCAGGCGCGCUAACAGUCAAAGUCAAUGAUUUCCGUCUAUUACGACGAGCGCUUGCUUUGGUCAACAACAGAAUCGGAGCAGAAGGAGGCAUUUUCGGGGUGUUUGUAGAUACGAGCCCAAAGAUCUCGGACUCCGAGUCGGAGGUGGAGACUCUAAGUGAGGAGGCAGAGCUGAAGGCUGAAAUAGCUGCGUACAAGGCGAUUGUGACCGGGAGCGAGAACGAUGCUUGGAAUGCGUUGCUGCGCAUGGGUCGUCCAAUGUGGUGGAGCACUUUCACCGAUCGAGAUGGAUUAUCACAAGCUUCUUUUGGGGAUCUAGUCACCGAAGCAGCAAAUAAGCUGCUGCUGGGAAACGAUUUUAAACAAGAAGCCUCAUACAACGAGAAGACCAUGUUUGGUGUUGCGUCGAUGCUCUGUCGACUGGGUGUACGUCCGUAUUCCACGUCGACGUUGGCGUCGCAGGUAGUCGCGGACUUCAUGGCUGUCCUCGCCUACGUGAAAUUUGAGAGCGAGGGCUACUUGAGUAGCUACGCGUCGGACCCGGUGCUUGCGUUGGGUGCGAUUAGCGUGUGGCAUUUCCUGGAGGACGGCUUGUCCAAGUAUAUUCUUCCGCAGCUGAAGAAGUUGAUACUGGACGAAGCACUGGAGACAGGUGGGAUUGGUGAAAUGGUCGCUCGCAUUGUGCUCCUUCUCGCGAUGGACCAGUGUGUGAUGGGGGAUCGAAGCAAGUCACAUGGCCAAUUCGUGUCGGUGGAGUCGUUUUUGAAUGUGAUGGGGUGCGAUGAAAUUGAAGUUUAUAUCGAGGGAAUGCUCCCUGGAAACAAAGAAACGUUUAACGAGUGGAAGUCAGAGUGGAAGGACUGGCGCAUGGGGUUCACUCACUUCAUACAGCUGCAAGCUGAACCGAAUGAAGAUACGCUGUGGUAUUUGCUGGGACGUCGGGCUGCGGGUAUUUUCCCGCGCAACCAGCUUGGAGCAGAUCUGAUGAUCCCAGUAUUUUGGAACAAAGAUGGCGAGAAGGAGCGAGUGUCAUUCAUGCUCAUCCAAGUGAAAAGCCGUUUCCCAAAAGACGAUGGUUUCUCCCAAGCAGCAUCAAAGAAGCUGUCUCCUUGGUUCGUGUCUGAAAGUCCGCAUCCGAAAGGCAAGAAACCUAAGGAGGGUCCAGCACCUAAGAAACCUGCAGUGAAACCAGCACUCAAGAAACGCACGGUGAAUGAAAACCCCUUGAGCGAGACGCCUGUUAGCGAUGUUAUUCGUAUAUGCAUGAAUCUGAGCAAAGAAGAAACUUCCGGUCCUGAGUCGCUGAACGAUUCUUUUCGGUUCAUCUCUUCCACGUCGUUGACGAAGGACAGCAGCACACCUGAAGCGCGAGGAGAAGAUACGGACGUUUACACGCUUUGUUUUCGCUCGCUGGGUUGUGAGACGUACCCUUUCUUAAAGGAAGAUGUGGCUCAAUGUCUCGCGAGUAUUGUGGCGUCUCAAUGGGAUCCCAUGGCACUUGUAGACGGCGAUCUGGAGCGUCGUCGUGUCAUUGAUAAAGACGGCGCGCCGUGGGCUUGCCUGUAA